GCCUGCCCGCCCGCGAUGCGGAGCUGCUGCUCCGGGAGGUGCCGGGAGCGCGCGCCAGCGGGCAGGCCUGGCACAGCUUCCUGCGGGAACACGGGCACGGCCUGGCCUGGCCAGACAUCGAGGCCUGGAUCUCUGCAGCCCCCCAGCCCCAGCCAGAGCCGGCCUGGGCCCCCGGGCACGGACGCCGAGCGGAGCCAGAGACAGGCGGCCCCGGCGGGACGGGCGCAGGCACCCACAGCAGCCGCCUCCUGCGGCCUUGGGCGACGUGCCGGCCCUGGCAGCUCCUGGACGGGAGAUGCCGUGCAGCGAGCCGGGGGCCCUUCCCGCCUGGGAGCUGCCGCAGAGGGAAACGGGGGCCCUGCCGCCCUAUGA